CCAGGUGGCGCAUGUCGCCGCUGCUGGGGUCAGCUGAUCAGCCUGUCCUGGACUCUCCUUAUUGGUUGAUGCAUUUCUCCCCUGCCUCCACUCCAAAUAAGAAGUGUGUCAUUUUUCUGCCAGACCUACACGACCCUGAAGGCUCUCCACUGCUGUCAUGUUCCUGUACUUCCUGGGGCUGGUGGUUUUCUACUAUCUGUACCGCUGGGUGAGGGAGCUGCCCAGGGUCCCCGACAAGGGUAACAAGUAUGUGUACGUCACAGGAUGCGACUCGGGCUUUGGCAACCUCCUGGCCCGCCAUCUGGACAAACAGGGGUUCCGAGUGAUCGCCUCAUGUUUCACAGAAAAGGGAGAAGAGGACCUGAGGAAGGCCUGCUCCAGCAAACUGAUCACGACACACCUCGACGUAAGGUCAAAGGACAGUGUGGCCAAAGUUGCGGCGAUGAUAAAGGACAAAGUGGGGGAGAGUGGCUUGUGGGCUGUAGUGAACAAUGCAGGCGUGUCCGUUCCCUCCGCGCCAUGCGAUUGGCUCACCAUUGAUGACUACAAGUCCAUGCUGGACGUGAAUCUGAACGGGGUGAUCUCAGUGACACUUAGCGUCCUGCCGCUGAUCAAGAAGGCCAAGGGAAGGGUGGUCAACGUAGCCAGUGUGUUUGGGAGGAUCAGUGCUACAGGAGGCCCAUACACCAUCUCUAAGUAUGGUGUAGAAGCUUUCAAUGACAGCCUCAGGAUGAAUAUGGUGCCCUUUGGUGUCAAAGUCCUCUGCAUUGAACCAGGCUUCUUCAAAACAAACGUGACCGACACUGCUAUCCUCAGCAAAAACAUCAACAUGGUUUGGGAUAGACUGCCCCAGGAAGUGAAAGAUGAUUAUGGAACUGAAUAUCUACGAAAGGCAUUGCUGUUAAUAUCAGACAAAGUUGCCAAAUUGAGCGAUGGAGAUCUGAUGAAGGUGGUCGGAUGCAUGGAGCACGCCGUGUCCGCUGUCCGGCCCCGCACCCGCUACUCCCCAGGCUGGGACGCCAAGUUUUUCUGGCUGCCUCUGUCGUACAUGCCAUCCUGUGUCGCAGACUACAUCCUGAGCAAAGAAGCCAUUCCUAUUGCAAAGCAGUUGUAAUCAUUACCUUUAUGACAUAAAGCAUUCAAGAAGCUC